GAAAAUUAGAGUUCGAAAUCGUUGGAUCAGAGAUGAAGAGAAGUGUGGAGAAGGCUGGUGGAGUAUCUAUCGAUGAUCCUGAGUUUGCCCGAAUACGUGACAUGUUGCGAAAGGAACGUGGUGAAGAACCACACUCUUGGAGAAAUAAUGACCAACUACCCUAUGUAAUCUUUUCCUCAUUUUUUAAAAUUUUUUUUACCCCGGACGAUAUUGCGGAAUGCCUACCAUUGGAGAUUCAAAAGGUUGUUGUGGAAACUCGAGGAGAUCAAGCUGAAACAGAGCCGUGUGAGAAGCUCAAGGCGGCUAAUGCAAUCUUCUACGUAAGUUUUGGAUGUCGAAAUGAUCCAGUGACAGGUAAGGAGGCCAAUUAUAGGGGAGUUGUACGGAAGACAAUGGAUGGGAAACCAGGACACAUGCGCCUCGAGGUUAUCUGUUGGAGCAUACCUAAUCAACGCCGAAGAGGGGAAGAAGAUGAUUAAUUAUAUCUUCAGUAAUCGUUGCUAUGUGGUUAAUUCGACUUGCAACUUAUAUUUGAAAUAUCCAUAAUAUUAACAAGUAUUUGUAUGAUCAAACUACUAGAUCUAUUAUAUACUUAUAUUUAAACCAAGUUAUAUGUAUGAGUAUGAAUUCA